AUCGCUACGAGGAUCACUACGAGAGGGUCGUUGAAAUGAACCAUGACGACGAGGUCUGCACGCUCGACUACUUGGACGGCUACGAUACGCAGCAGCAGCAACGAUGUGGUACCGCUCACCGGUACCAUCAGUCCGAGUUCGUCGAGACGACGCUGAUGAACGCCGAGAUGCCGACGACGUGCGAGGACUCCGGCGGCAGCGACAGCGCGAACAGUCUCGACGGUCUCUGUGAGCGUCGUCCCGAGGACGACCAUCCGUACGAUGCACCGCGGCACGCGGCGUCGGCGGCGAGCAACCACGCGCGGGAUCACUACAUGGUGCCCACCCGGAGUCCACGCGAGUUCAACGAGAAGAUCCUGUCGCUCUUCAACCCGCAGUUCCUGCCCAACUUCAACAACAUGGUCACGUACAUGGCCGCGCACAGUCCGCCGCCGCCGCGGUCUCAGUCCUUGGUGGCCCAGUACGGUGCCCGCGAUAACGACGACUUCCUGCUCCGGGACAGGAACUGCCACGGUAAACGCGACAGCACGAACUCGAUGUGCUUUCGGCGCGGACUGGCGGCCCAUGAGGCGCCGCGGGAGUGACGAUGCCUUCGCGCCUUCGCCCCGGCUUGAUUAUGACUUGAUUACGAGUAACAUCUAGCAACGUGACUUUUUUUUCGUGCUCCAAAGAAGUGACCGGAGAAACUGUACGCACCCUUUACGGCGUACGUCACGAAGACGUGAAACUGUCAUGGAUAUGGUACUACGUACAGCGAAAUCCCCUCCUCCCUCUUUUCCUGGUAGCUUCGUAACGUGGACAUGUAACUGAAGGACGAAAAAAAAAAACACGCAAUCGUGAUCACAUAUAGCAUAAUAUGUAUUACAUUGACGGCGAAUAGACUCGUGAUAAACGAGAUCUACUUUUUUAUGGUACUUUCAAGCUUUGCCAAGUAUCGUCCGUCGCGCGAUUCCAUGCGAACCACUGUGGAAUCACUUCUGUAUAGGAUUCAAUUCAAAAUCUUCUUUUUCUUCUUUAUUCGUUUCGAUGAUGAUAAUAAUAGGAGAAGUCGAAUAUAAGGGAAAGCGUAUGCCGGCAACAACGACGAUGACGACUGAGAGAUUGAGAAACCGUAGUAAUGUAAUGUGAUACCAUUAUGAGGACUGUGUUCGUAGCAGUGGCCUGUUAGGUGCUUAGACUGAUGCAAGAUUAAACGAAAAAAAAAAAACAAACACUUGUGUAGAGACAUUUUAAGCAUUCGCGCGAGAGACGAGGCGUGCCUUCCGUGUAUUAAUUGUUGGCAGAUCUUGAUCUAUAACAGGAAACGGAGUGUUAAUAUGGCCGGUAUAGAUUCGGGCAAGUGCCUCAUUUAUGCGUUUUGUUUAAGAUAUCCAGUAGAACGGAGCAAAGUAUAGAAAAAAAGGAAGAGAAAACAGGAAAGAGAGAGAUCUAUGUAAGACUAAUUUGAAUAUCGUUGUGCACUUAUUGCCGUGCUGUGAGUACUGGUAAUGGCGAGAGGGAUAUACGGACGAGAGCGUGUUUAUCAAUAACUUAGCUCUCGCGGGCAUAUAGCGGCAACAGUAUAUAGUUUCUUCGAGGAGAAUAUGCAUGUUAAAAAAAUCUAUAAUAGUGCAAAAGUUAUUGUUAUAUUGAAAUGCGACAAAAAGAAUAUUGAAAGAAGAAUAGAAGAAAGAAAAUUAGAAUAAUUAUUUACGAUUAGGUCAGUAACUUACCGACAAAUAGAAGAUUCGUGCAACAUUUUUCUUAGCAGACUUGGGCUAGCUGAGGAAUUGACGAAGGAAGGAUUCCCUUCAUGAAACAUCGUGAAUUAAAUGUAGUUUUUAAUUUUUAGCGAAAUUAAUUAAAUUAUUUGAAUUUUAAAUUUAUUAUUAUUAUUUUUUUUUUUUAAUAUAAAAAAUAUUAAUCACGAUUUUAUAUUUUAUGUUGAUGCAAUAUUAAUUGACUAUGAGGACAUUCAUAUAGAAUGUCCGAGUAUUGUUUGAGAAAAGUAGCACCAAUCUUGUGUACAAUACACUGCCAUGUGUACAAUUAAUUUUUAGUUAACUGAACGUAUUAUUAGGCGUGUAUAAAUUUAAUUCGUGUAACUUAAAAAUUUUUUAUUUUUUUACGUCUCGUUAACGCGGCAACGCGAUCCUCGAAGAAACUUGUGGACGGAAGGAACCGGAAUGUAUGCAAGAUUAGAUAACGGCGUAAACUGGUUCUGCUAGCGUUACAAUAACAAUUACGAUAUGAUUACACGUGCGCAUUUACUUGACAGCUCAAUCGCGGACAGAGUGCCUCUAACGAUGAGCGUUUUGAAAAGUUUUUAGAAUAUCAAAGGCGGCCAAAAGUGUACUUUCAACACACGAAAUUGUAAAACGGUCUGUGGGUGAACUACCAUUUGGUCCAUCUACAUACCGAUCAUAUUUUUUUCUUGAAUAAUAAUUAUUUAAUAUAUUUAAUAUAAAUAUAAUUUUAUAUUAAUUUUGAUUAAUUUUUUUCUUGCAACAAUUUAUCUAAAGUAAUGUAUUAGUUUGAAUAACAUUUAUUUAAUUUCUUAAUUAUAUUUAAAAUACUACAAUAUAAAAAUAAUUAAUACAAUUUCGUGCGUGUUUGAAAAGUACUUUCCGCCCUUUUACGUGCUACUUUUUCAUCGCUCGUUAACCAACACUGCCGCGUAAAUUCUAACACGCCUCGAGCGAACAGUACAGUAAGACACCUUAUCGAUUUUCACCAAUUGUCUCAUUGUGAACGUUGGAGCGUUUUAAAACAUCAGGGUAAAAACGAAACGUUGUUCAAGUGCUUUCGCGUUCGACGAUAGGGCUCGAUGUAGAUAGCCGCAUGUAAUGAACGGUAACUGCGUGCUGUGUAAGCAAGAAGGGGAGGAAGUCGUGUAAAUAUAUAGAACAUGUUUUUUAUCGUUGAGAUCAUUUUAAACGAGAUCGAGGAUUCAUUCGUUAUGCUACUCGUCACGCGGGCAGCAGUGAUACAUUGAUAUUAUAUAUUGCAUUUUCAUUGCUGCGUAUAUACAUAUAUAUAUAUAUACAUACGUACAUAUAUACAGACAUAUAUAAAUAUGUGUGUGUAUAUAUAAAACAUAUAUAUACUCAAGAUAUUAAAAUUUUAAACCAGAAGCGUUGGAAACACGGAGAGAUGUUAAGAACAUUUUCUAAUAAUUAUUAGUAAAAUUCUAUAAGAAUUUAUGAUUUUUAAUAUAUCUUUAUAAUUAAAAUUAUAAAAUUAUUUAAUUAUUAGUAAAAUUAAUUUACUAUUUAUUAUUACCAAAUAUCAGUCAAUUUUUUUUACAAAAUUACUUAAUAAGUAAAUAAAACAAUUUUUUAUAUUAUAUAUAAUAUUUAAUUUUUUACAAAAAAUAUUGUUAACAAGAAUUUCUUUUGAGAUUGUUUAUAUUCCGGUGGUUUAUCGGUCUAACUUUUUAACAUCUUGCAUAUACAUAUAAGUACAUAAUAUACACACACACAUACAUACAUACAUACAUACACACAUGCACAUAUAUUCAUGUGCAUUUAUGAAACACACAUAUUCGUUUUUAAUUCGCAUAGACUAUACGUGUUAUAGUCUAUUAUUUGGAGAAAAAACGAUAUGUGUUAAAUAAGAGAGGCAGCUAAUUAGAUUUAUGCGCUGACUUUGUAAAAGUCUAUCUUUCCUUAAAUAAAUUUUUGCCAUGCCCCCGUUCAUCGCGCGUUCGACCGAUCUCGGCUGGCAAAGCCUUUUACAAAAUGUAACGGUGUUUGUGUAAUAGAAACAUCCGAACUAGGUACCUUAACACACAAGAUAUAUGACAGUAGAAAAGAAUUGUUAUACAUUAAUAUUUCUAAAUUUGAAAAAGGGAAGGACGUAUAAAUUUACAUAUGUAUACAAAUGUACUGUUAGAAUAACAUUUGCAUAUACAAACAAUGUACAUAAAUAACGCUAUGUUUAAAAUUGAUUUUAUCGUGCUUUUAAAGCUAGCCCUGUGUCAUAAGAGCGAAGAGAGAAUGAAUUUUCAAUUAAAAAUAGACUAGAAGCAUUUAACAAGGCUUCUCGUACUUGCGUUAGCCAUCUUUUUAUAAUAUAAAGCGCGAGAAACUACAAGUAGACUCAUAUUAUCAUCAAGACAUAAUUUAUAAUGGAAUUGAAUACAUCAAUGACUUAACAGAAAAAUAUAUGAUCGAGUAAUUAAUAAUUUAACAUAUUGUUUAACAUGUUUGGUAUCAGUAUCACAUAUGACAAAUCAUAAUUUACUUGAUAAUUUAUAAUUUUUAUUUUCUAUCAUAAUAAAUAAAGUUUACCUCGUUAUUAUUAAAUGAGAUGUAAAAAAUUAUGCUGCGUAAGUAACACAUAUAAUCUAAGAUGUUAAUUAUAUCGCGCUUUUGCAAGAAAAGUGACCUAAAUUAGAAAUAAAAUUUUUGUAAAAAAUGCGUUAUUCAUUAAUUAAUUAAUUAAUUAUAAUAGUAAUAGACAUAAGUUAAUUUAGAGCUAAUCAUAAAGUGCUUGUUUUAAAAUUCUCAAAAAAUAAUAUUGAUUUAAUUAUAUUAGACCUAAAAACUAGACUGCCUCUACUUUAAUUUGGGUCAUUUUUAUGUUAAAAAAAUUUUUUUUUAUUGAAAUCUAUAUCACUUUUCUUGAUUGAAGGCCGAUAUAAUAUUUACUACACACAUCACACAAUACAAAAUUAGACAUUUUGUGCGAUAUGACAAAUUACAAUUUAUGUAAUAAACUAUAAGUUUUACUUCCCACUGAAACAAAUAAAGUUUAUCUCGUUAUUAUCAAA